AUGGCCUCGGAGACUGCUGUUCUUGCCAUCUUCCUCUUCACUUUCCUGACCGGUCUUCCGUCCAAUCUCCUGGCCUUCUACACAUUCCUGGUGAAACUGCGCCACAAGCCAACCCCCAUAGACAUCCUGUUGCUCAACUUGACCCUGUCCGAUAUUAUCCUUCUGCUUUUCCUGCCCUUCAAGAUGACGGAGGUCUCUUCACACAUGACUUGGACUCUCCCUGCUUUCCUCUGCCCUCUCACCAGCUGCUGCUUCUAUGGCAGCAUGUACACCAGCAGUCUUUUCCUCACGUCAGUCAGCGUGGACCGCUAUCUGAGUGUGGCAUAUCCCAUCAAGUACAAGCUGAAUCGCAGGCCAGUCCAUGCAAUCGUGGCCAGCAUCUUUAUCUGGUUGCUGGCCUGUUCCCACUGCAGCAUUAUCUAUGUUGCCAGACAUGGGGGUUCCAAUGAGACCCUUCCGUACUCUCCUAAUACUUCCCAUUGCUAUGAGAAUUUCUCCCCUGAGCAACUCCCUGUCAUCCUUUCUGUCCGGCUGGAACUCUCCCUCUUCUUCUUCUGCCUCCCGUUCAUCAUCACUAUCUUUUGCUACAUGAACAUUAUCCGCAUCCUGAAUUCUCUUUCCAAUGUCCAAUCCUGCAAGAAGCAACGGGCUGUUGGCCUGGCUGUGGCCACUCUGCUCAAUUUUGUGAUCUGCUUUGCUCUUUAUAACAUCUCUCACAUUGUGGGCUUCAUUCAAAAAGAGGAGCCGCCUUGGAGAGUGGAAGGUUUCCUCCUCAGCACCCUCAAUACUUCUGUGGAUCCUGUCAUCUUCUUCUUCUCUUCCAAGGCCAUCCGACGGACCUUUAGUGACUGUUGGGGUGUUGUGUGCUUUGAACUGCAGGCUUUGGUCCAGUGCUGUAAACGUCCGACAGAUAAUGACGAAGGAGCAGACGCUGGCCGAAUCUCUAAUUCCAGUCUCCACAGUGGAUACAGAGGAGGUGAUGUUCAGACAGAAACCGUCUUAGACCAGACCGCAAAGACUUGGGAGACCGGAGCUCAGAACAUUCCACAGCAAGUACAAGGCACAGUGCACCAAGAAAGCCCUGCACCCUGGCUCAAAAGCAAAGUUCACAUGGAUUCAAAAUCUGGUGAUCCACCCCCGUAA